CAACUGACGGCUAUUGCAGAUUUGUAGUCACAUUAUGUGACAUUUUCUUGACGUUAUUUAUUCCUUAGCGUGAACAAAUUGUCGGAAUGGCUAAUGCCGAGAAGGAAGAAGCAACAAUUCUGCAAAUAGAAUUUGAGUGGGUACUCCACGAGGAAGUCCAUGCCGUUUUACAUCAGUUACAUGCUAUAUUAGUGGAGUGCGCUCACCGUUUUCCUGUGCCUUUAUAUGGUAAUGAGGGAUCUAAACAAGAUAAAUUUGUGCUUACAUUACCACAAGAACAAUUGAAGUGUGUUGUGACUCUAACAGGAGAUAGCAUAACUCAUGCGGAUAUUAAUUUUAAAGUUCAGAGACAGCCCAAUGCUAUAUUCCGUACAAAUAUUGUGCAAGAUUCUCCAUGGAAAUUGCAACAGGUUCAAGAUGCUGCCAAUCACCUACAACAAGCUAUAAAUCAUAUUGAUAAUGUUGACAAACAUUAUGAAUUCAGGUCUUCUGAAGAGAUCAUGCACAUUUUGGGUAACAUACUUGGUGCUCUACAGCGCGGAAGAACAAGUUUAAUUGUUCCAAAGAAAAGGGCAAUUGAUGAACUAAUGAAGAGUAGGAAUAUGAAAUCUUUAUCACCAAAUUUGCCAGAAGAUUUGGCACUGAGUUUUUAUAUUCAAAGCCAUAAAUUGAUAUUUGCUGUGUAUCAAUUAGUGAAUGAGCAUGGGACAGUGAGGUUCGAUUCAGCACAAGCAGAAUGUUCAGUGCCCUGGCUCAAUGAAGUAUUAGUUCUAUUCACAGUUGCACUUCAACUGUGCCAGCAACUAAAAGAUAAGAUUUGCGUGUUCGCGCAAUAUAAAGAUUUUACAGUUGGUUCAAGAUCACCUUCUGCAAUGUCAGUUUAAAUACAACAGGCGCAAAGGUGAUUCAAUAGUAUUUGGAAAGUAGUACUACGUAAUAAAUUGGAAAACUUGCAAAGUUUUAAAGCCUUGAAAUUUAAACAAUGUUUACUUGAUAAGUGUUAUUGACAUCACAGUGUUGGAAAUCAAUUAGAUUAAUCAGUUAGGUAUUUUAUUUUGCAGCAAUAAGUAGUUCUUGCUGAAAAUUAAAUAAAGCACA